AAAAAGUCAUGGCGUUUGUAAACAAAUCAACCGGUGGUUAUUUGUGUUAAAUUUUACUGUGAAAUUCUAAUGAAAUUCCAAGAGGAAUUAUGAAAAGUGUUAUGCGAAGGUGUAGUACAUAUAAAGUGGAAGUUUUUCCAAGCAGUAAUAAGAAAAUCUUUCGGAAGAAUGUGAAGAAAACUGCCUCAGUAAAGGUGUCCAGGGAAGCCAAGGAAGAAAGUGAAUUCCGGCUGAAUCCUGUGAAGAUACAGAUGCUAUCACGAUCUCUGUACGAUCAAGUGUUCAGGAAUAGUCCAGAGAACAAGGCUCCAGAUGAUUUGGCUGUCAACAGGUGGAAGUCAGAGCUUCAUAGAUUUGGGAUUGACCUGGACAGUCAGCAGAAAUUGCCAGAUGUUAAUCUUAAGCUUCCAGAAUUUAGAGGUAAAGAUUUGGAGGAGCAUUUUGAGGUGAUUUCCAGAGAACAAAGUGAACCCUAUCGGAAUCUUAUUGAAAAUCUCUUGGGAAAUGUUCCUCAAAUGCCUUCGGUUUGGUCUUCAGUUCCCGGAUGGACAGCUUACGAUCCAGAGAGUGGGGAAUGUCGAUCUGUUGAAUAUCCCGAAGAGGAAGCUCUUGUGUUUGAUAUUGAAGUUUGCAUGAAGGCAGGAAGUAAUCCAACUCUUGCUUGUGCCGUUGGCAAGAAGAGAUGGUAUUCCUGGACAAGCCGAGAGCUCAUAGAGGGUUCCCAGGGGCAUGUUGAUGGAGGGAAGUGUGAAGUGGAUGAUUUAAUACCGUUGGAAUCUGCUCAAGGGGAAGGAUUCAGGGAUGAGAUUUCCCUGAAGCCUAGAAUUAUUGUAGGGCACAAUGUGUCUUUUGAUAGGGCAAGAGUGAAGGAGCAGUACUGGAUGGAGCAGACAGGAACGAGAUUUCUCGACACAAUGUCUCUCCAUGUGUGCGUCAGUGGAGUUACGAGCUACCAAAGAGCCAUGCUCAAGAGUAGCAAGGAAUUGUCCGAAGAAGAUUCAGUUUGGAGUACUCAGAGUUCCCUGAACAGCCUCGCAGAGGUGUUCAAGCUGUAUUGUGAUGGGCAGGAGUUGUCAAAGGACGAGAGGGAGUUGUUUAUGGAGGGAUCUCUUGGGGAUAUUCGGAAUAAUUUCCAGGAAUUGAUGACUUACUGCGCAAGGGACGUUGUGGCUACGCAAUCUGUCCUGCAGAGGCUCUUUCCCCUUUUUUCCCAGAGAUUUCCCCAUCCAGCCACAUUGGCAGGGAUGCUGGAGAUCGGAUCAGCCUACCUGCCUAUCAAUAGCAAUUGGAAUCGAUAUAUUUCUGAAGCAAAUCUCACGUAUGAAGAUCUUGACAUUGAGGCUAAGCACUUGCUAGCCAGGAGAGCUGACCAGGCUUGCAAGUUGAUGCACAGUGAUGGCUAUAGGAGGGAUUUGUGGAUGUGGGAUCAGGAUUGGAGUACACAGGAGCUGAAGAUGAAGAAGAAGCCAUCACAGAGUACGCAGGAAGAGGAAGAAAAUGAAGGAGAAAUGACGCAGGAGGAAAUUGCCUUGAGGCAGAAAUUUUCCCAUCUCUAUUCCAUGAAGGAUUUCCUCCCUGUCCGGCGACCAUUGCUUCCAGGAUACCCGGAAUGGUACAGGAAGUUGUGUGAGAAGCCUGGAAGUGAGGAUUGGUCACCAGGAGCGAAGAAUAUCGGAACUGGGAUGCAGGUGGCUCCUAAAUUGCUGUCUCUCUGUUGGGAGGGAUUCCCACUGCACUUUAUCCGGGGCAAGGGAUGGGGAUUCCUCGUGCCGCAUAAGCAGGAGAGGGAUCUUGGUGAAUCCGGAGAUAUCCCGUUGGAGCAAUUGGUGGAAAAGUGUCCAGUAAUUGAGAUUGUGUCAGAGGCAUCGCCAAGGGAGAGUAGUGAUGCACUCAGUGGGCUGUGGAAGGAUGUGGAAUCCUCAAUCAGCCGCAAAGACUUCUACAGGAAGAAGAAGAAGGAUAAAACUGAGGGAAUGUACACAGGAACCGGGGUAUGGUGCAAUCAAGAUCUCGAAGAUUGCUGCUGGUUCCUGAAGUUGCCGCACAAAGAUGGGGCAUCACAUCGGGUAGGGAAUCCCCUGGCCAAGGACUUUAUCAAUAAAUUCUCAGAGAAUGUCCUGUCAGGAGAUGGAGCAACGGCCAGGAGGGUGAUAGAAAUUGCCAAGAUGCUGUCCUAUUGGCGAAACAAUCGUGACAGGAUUAGUGGGCAGAUUGUGGUUUGGUUGCCAAAGGAUCAGCUCCCGCGGCAUUUGCAGGACGUAGAGAGAGAUUUUGGUGCGAUAAUCCCGCAAGUUGUGGUCUGUGGAACUCUCACGAGGCGCGCCAUGGAGCCCACAUGGAUGACAGCUAGCAAUGCCCAGCUAGACAGAGUCGGAUCUGAACUGAGAUCAAUGGUUCAAGCACCGCCAGGAUAUCGCAUUGUGGGAGCAGAUGUGGAUUCCCAGGAGCUCUGGAUAGCUUCCGUGCUGGGAGAUGCCGAUGUGGGAACCCAUGGAGCAUCCCCACUCGGCUGGAUGACCCUCAAUGGAAGCAAAGCCGCAGGAAGUGAUAUGCACAGUGUUACAGCUAAAGCCGUGGGAAUUUCAAGGGAUCAUGCCAAGGUCAUAAAUUACGCCAGAAUCUACGGAGCUGGUCAGAAUUUUGCCGAAAGGCUCCUGAAGCAGUUCAAUCCAACAAUUUCCGACGGAGAGGCCAGAUCCAAAGCUCAAAAGAUGUUCCAGAUGACCAAAGGAAAGAAAUCCUACUACCUCAAGAAGGAAUUCUAUGAAUCCUUCCCAGACAAUCCAACCAAACCCUUCACCCAAUACGAAGCCAUGAAGAUGGCUGCUGCCACGAGGACUCCAGUCACGGAGAUGUUCCACCGGGCGAGAUGGGAAGGAGGCUCAGAGAGUGCCAUGUUCAAUCGUCUCGAAGAGAUUGCAGGGAAUCCUCAGCCAGUUACGCCAUUUCUCCGUGGGAGGCUCAGUCGAGCCUUGGAGCCGUCUGGCGAUACAGAUGAUCGCUUCCUGCCCACACGGGUCAAUUGGGUGGUUCAGAGUGGAGCUGUGGACUUCCUUCAUCUCAUGCUAGUAUCAAUGCGCUGGCUCAUGGGCAAACAAGUUCGCUUCUGCCUCAGUUUUCAUGAUGAGAUUCGCUAUCUGGUUCGCCAAGAGGACUCAUACCGUGCUGCUCUGGCCAUGCACGUCACAAACCUACUGACCAGGGCUUUCUGUGUCCGCAGAAUUGGCCUGACUGAUCUGCCCCAAUCUAUUGCCUUCUUCGCUUCAGUCGAAGUGGAUUCUGUGCUUAGGAAAGAAGCCACGCAGGAUUGCAAAACUCCCUCUAAUCCUCAUGGAUUGUCUGGGGGCUAUGGAAUCCCAGCUGGAGAGUCACUGGACAUUCACCAGGCCAUCGCAAAGGCCGGAGGAAGUGAUCUUUCAGCAUGGGAAUGGCACAGAAAUCCAACCAAAAAGCAGAAAAAUAAAUAAUGUCUUCCCUUUGAAAGCAAAAGUGCCCCAGAAAAUGUCUCAUUGAAUUACCAAAUCGAUUUAAAUAAAAAGUUUUUUUUUCUAUAAAAA